AUGGCGGAAACAGAAACUACCCCAGAAGUAACAGAGGAAGUCCCAGUAGUGGACCCAACUCAGCCUCCAUCCAAGGAAAAUGAGCUCGUUUACGAUUUCGAGAAUUACAAGCAGCACUUCUUCGAAAACUUUGUCAAAAUUAAAGAUCUAAAGCAAUUUGACGACGGCUCCCUUGUCUGUCUCUCCGAGACAAAGCGAAUCCGCUUUCCAUGCAGUAUUUCGGCCAUCUCGAUCGCCAUUCCCAAGCUAAACCGCGAGUUCUACCAGGCAAAGAAGAAAAUGAUGGAGAAUGGCUUUAUGCACAAUACCAUAGACCUCCAGCUUCCUGACUAUCGCCAACCAAAUAGCUCAUCUGCCGAGACUGCUUUGAAAAUCAUCUUCCAGUUCGUCUUCAAAGGUGAAAUCAGUGUCACUGAGAGGUCUAUCAAGAACGUCGCUGUCCUUGCCGCGUAUCUCCAGAUGGACUCACUUCUCGAUGCUCUGCCCCUCGCUGCAGAGCAAUUGAAUAUCGCUGACUUCGACAUUAUCUCUCUAAAAGAAACGGCAAAGAGUCUCGGCGAGAUCACAGUCGUCGGCCUUGAAAAAUUCGUUAAUGUCUUCGGUGGUGGCCAAAAGAAGAAGCAGAACAAGAACCAAGCAGGCCAGAAGCGCGCUGCAAACAAGAACAACGGUCAAGCGGUCAAGAAAGAUGAGCCUGAACAGAAAAAAUCAAGGCCACUUGAAGAGCCAAAUCCUAACGAGGGAGCCUAUGAAAUUGAUUCUGUUCCACCAGAAGAGAUGAUCGCAGAAGAAGCAGCUCCAGAAGAAACUGCUGCUGACCAGCCCGUUGAAUCUGAACAAGAACCCGAGUCGACUGAAUCUUACGAGUUUCACGUGAGUAACAAUACAGAGGAAUCGUCUGCCGAAAAUGUGGAGUCCGAAGCGUCCCAAGAAGCACCCGCUGAGGCGGAAGCAGAAGUAGAACCUGCUGUGCAGCCCGCUCCGGCGAAGGCAAAGCCUGCUCCACGAGGGCGAAAGGCAAGACGAGGACGAAAAGCCGCAAACUAA